GACAGACUGAAAGUGCCGGCAUUGUACCUUAAAUCUGUCAUUCUAUUACUGUCAAUCAUUUGUGACACUAGACGUCAAAACAUCGACAGUAGUAUUUAUUUUCAUUAUAGAAACUUUAAUAGUCGAUUAAAUUGUUUUAAUUUAACGUUAAUAUUAAUCGCUUCUCCUUCCGAUUGUAUUACCUUUUUAUUUAGGUAUAUCUCUCUGUGUGCAUUGUAAUUGUGUCAAUAAUUAUUAUUAAUGUUAAAGACGUAAAACAGUAGGUAAGUUAAAUUCAAUUCCUACCUGCAAAGAAAGAACAUUGUAUUGUAUUAUCUAGAAAAUUCAAAAAGCUUAGUAGGCACCUACCUAAUGUUUCAUAUGAAAAGAAGAUAUAAAGUAUAAGUGUUUUAAGUGAUUAAGGAUACAGUUUUUAUAGGUAAGUACAUAAUUUAUAUUAUCAAUAACGCGGAAAUAAGUAAGGAUGUUUACCUACCGAAAAGUCUACCUUGGCAAAAUGUCUGAACAGAUUUUAUUAAGUUCCCAUACUCAGAUGGACUGCUAACUAGACAGGCACAUGAUAUUGGAUUCUAAAGUCUGCGCCAAUGAAGUUAGACUAAUGUCUUAUAAUGUAUAUGUUAUUUACUACUACUACUUUUACUACUACUUUAAUUAUAUCAUUUAUUACUUAAAUUUAUUUCCUCUUGGUAACCAGAACACUGGCUUGAAACUGGUGUUGACCUGUAAUCUGGUACUGUCACUUCUCUGAUAAGGAGUUGACAUAAUAUUUGUAUCCUUUAACUAUACAACAACAAAAGAAACUACUUAGUUUUUUAAAAAAUUGUGACUUGUCGUCUUAACAAUAUUUGUUUUUUUUAAAUAUAGUGACUUGUCUUCUUAACAAUAUUUGUUUUGAUUGUAAACAGCAAUAGCAACUGCUGGGCGGUAUAAACAUAAUGGAGGAGGAAGAACUUAAAUAUGUCAUUAAUCUUCUAGAUGAUCUAAGUGUCUCAACAUAUGAGGUAACAGAAUUGUAUUUAAAUUUUUACAAAUUUUAGAAAUGGAGCAGAAACUUGGCCCUUUGUUAACUGUAAAUGUAGUCCAGCUAAUAAGACAGCUGAUGUGGUGGAAAAAGGUGCUACUCCAGCCAUCCUCACCUCACCUGGCCAACCUGUAGUGUUAUUUUGUAAGAACAAACCGACUUUGCUCUGAUUCUGGGGUGUGAUUUAUAUUUAGAACACAAAUUGGAAAUAAAUUAAAAUUAGUCAGUUUGUUCUUACAGAAUAGCACUGCUGAACCCUAUCUACUUAGAUGAAAAGGAGAAACUUUAAUUAAAUAAAUUAAUCAUUAUGCCAGAGAGUGUCUGUCUUUCUGAUCCUAAAAUCUUUAUGAUCCUUGUUGAUCAUAGAUUAAACUAUUGAUCAGUCGUUUAUCACAGCAUAUGCACUCCACUUAUGCAUAACACAGGAUGGGAUAGAGUUAUUUGCUAGGCAUCUGCUCAAAGAUAUUUAUAAAGGAUUUUGUUUUAUCAUGUAUUAUAUGUAUAUUUUGUCAAUUUUAUAUCUGAUUUAUUAAUUUAAUACCAUAGUUAAUCCUAUAAAGUUGUCUGAUAUUUGUUUUAUAUUAGGAUCAUUGCAAAGUAGUAUAAAAAAUCUUUCUGUUUACAGGAAAUAUUAAAUUUUCAUUAUGAUAUUGAAGACAGAAAACCACCAUCAGAAUUUUCCAAUGAAAUAUGGGACUUUUUUAAAAUGAACAUGAAAAAUAAUCCAGUGACAACUUCUAAAAUACUUGCAUAUAUACAGCAAAAUAGUCAAAAUGAAAUUAUCACAAAAAAUAUUCAAAUGAUUUAUUUAGAAGUUUUAAAGUCAGAAUUUUCUGAAAAUAACUGCUCAGAUAAAUUGAUAACAUUAAUAUCCCUUGUUAGAUGGAAAGAUCAGUUUUUGAACAAAUUCGUGCAAGAAGUCCUAAUACACUUAACAGAAGAUAUUUAUAGGCAAUAUAGAAAACAAAUUCUGCUUAGUCUUUUACCACAUGACACACCUAAUUUGUUAAGUAUAGCUUCAGAGGCAAUGCAAAGAAAUGAACCACAAAAGGAAUUCAAAUUAACACCAGAAUAUAUGCUAGAGCUGUGCUAUCAAGACAAAACACAUUGGUUACUCAAAGCUGCAGAGGUUUACAAACAUCAACUCCAUGACAUGGAGAGUGUCACAUUCAAAAUAAAUAAUUUUACCAAACAAAUCCUCAUCAUGGUACUCAUUGACUUGACUAAUAGUGCUGAGACUUAUGAUUUAUCAUCUUUAGUUCAUCAGCUUACAAAUAUAUUUUCUAUCCUUGAUACAUACUCUACAGCGGAUGAGCAGCUUCAAUUCUAUUUGACUGAGAUUAAAAGGGAAUUAACUGUUAUUAAAUUUUGCUUGGAGAACAAUUGUAAGAUAAUGACCACAUCAAUAUUCACUCAAGUACUUUCUCAGAGUGCAUUGACAGUAAUUUCACAAAUUUGUAGGCUCUCCAAAGUUGACAGAUAUAAAGUAUCAAGACUUCUUAAUGUUAAUAAUGAGUUUAUGAAGGAAUUGGUUACACUAAGCAGUAAAAGCGAGGCUAAAAGAAAAGAUAGUAAUUGUGUUAAUUGGGAUGUUCUCACUUACAACAGCUACUGUGCUAUUACGAAAGUUAUAGAUACCAUAUUAAAUUCUUCAGAAGGCAUAGAUGAUCCUCAAGAAACAACUUCUUCAUUAGAGGAUGUUAAACGGUUAAUCCUUUCUCUACAACCUUUGCAAUAUUGUGUUGAAGUCAUUGAAAACAUUUUUUCCUGUCUCUUUUUGAGAUAUGAGUUUUUUUCGUGUUAUGAACAAACUCAAGAUUUCCCUUGUGGUACACACUCUGAGUGUUCCUACUUUUAUUCCAAAAAGCAGAACAGGAGCCCUAAAAGCAUCAGCACCAAUAAUGCAGGCUUCAUGUGCAAUGCUUUCACAACACAGAUUGUGCUAAACACUCUGAAACUAUGUUUGGAAAAGAUUGAUGGUGAUAUGAAGGUGGAGGAAAUUGAUCAAGAUGUUGUAGCACGAUUUAAAAAUCUCAUCAGAAUCGUCAACCAUUCAAUGUGGAAAUUGCAACUUGUUUCAACACUAUCGCCAGAAACGAAUCCAUUGCAGAUGAAGCUUUGUCUCGACUAUGUUGAAGUGGAUGGAAGCAGUGAGGAGGAUGACCGCGAAUACGACAUAAAAACGCUACGAAAAAAGAUCAAAGGCAGAAGGAAGUUUAACACAAAGCAAGAUGUCGAUCAUACCAUGGUUGCGUCAACUAUAUCUGCCAAUGAAGAUGCAUUUCUUGGUAUCAAAGGAAACACUAUCGACUUUAUAUCCACCAUGUUAGCUCAACCUAAUUGUUUGGUCGCACUGGCGCUUUAUAAUAAUGACUUUUCUAAAGCCAACCAAAUUCUAGAGAUGUUCGAUUUGGCAGACUCCGAAAUUGCCACAGAAGUCACUUUCACGGAACAGCUUAGACAUUUAGUAGCGAAAAUAAAGAAUAUUAUUUACUACAGAGACGACACCAGAUAUGCCACAAAAGAACUGUCGUCCUUGUCUGUUGUGUCGACAGAGGUCAUGGGACUAGUGGAAGGCUUUUUAGCUUCAAAUAGAGUUCCUCAUUCGUUUGAUAUUUUAGAGUUAGCAACACGUCACCCGCAUUUACAGUUGUACAGUCAUCAAAAUGCUCCUUUUAUUAAUGCUGUCGAUAUCUUACUUAGCAGUGGGCUCAAUAGGGAAAUAACGUAUGGUCUGAUAAACGUUGUAGAAAGGAAACUCGCCGAAGUAAGAAGUUCUACUGAUGUUUCCGCGGUUAAAAAAAACAAUUACAUUCGUUUCGUUGAAGAUAUAGCCAGCGUCACUUUUGAAAUAUUUGGCAAUGCCGAAAAAUCGUUUGAUUUCAUUGAUAACGUUUGCGGUCUGAUCGUUGACUGCAGAAUUCCAAUAAAACAUAAAGAGUUUUGCAAAAUGAAUCAACUUGCUAAGGAGAUGAGACAGUCUUGCGAGGAUUUAGUUGACAUUGUAAAUAUAAACGAGACAACAGAGAUAGAUCAAAAUUUACUUCAAAAGUAUCAUCAGAUUUAUAUGAAUGUUGUGACCGCUACCGAUAAAGAUAUUUGUAAUAUGGCUGAAGUAGCACAUCACGGGAACAAAAAGACUAGAAUACCAUACCUGAGAAUGUGUUAUAUUUACUGCAAAACUGUUUCUCAGUUGGAACAAGAGGAAACUCAUUCCUCCGAUGGCUCUGUAGACCUACCCUACUUUUUUAUAUUAGAAAAGCAACUAAGCGAUGUGUUCGGCAACAUGAUUAACAACAAGGAGAUUCCUGUUACAAGCUUAGAACCGAUAUGUAAGAAAUUAAAUGUUAACCUAAUUCCAAAACUUAUUUUAAAUUUUUGUCCUUCGAUAUCGUUAACAGGUCCUCACAAAGAAGCGACUGAAGAAAAUUUUAAUAAUCUUCUUCAGUCCGUUUACGAGUUUAGGAAUCCAGAAGAGAAGUUGUUCUUAGACCCCGUGACGAACUUUGCACCUUUACCCCGAUCACCAGAUCCACAGUGUCUCACCUAUAUCGUUCUUCAUUAUUGGGUACUGGCUCACAUAAUAAAGAAAAUUCAUACUACUUCCAACGAAACCAGUUUACAGCAGAGUAUGGAUGCUCGGACUAAAGCCCUGAAUAAUUAUAUGGAGUUGGAAAGGUUUAAUUGCCUAAAAGUAUUAUUCGAUGGCAAUAAAUAUUUAGCUUCGCUUCAUACAACGAUAGAUUUGGAUAAACUUUUUACAUAUAUGCCGCAGCUUAUAGGUACAGGGAAAAUUCUGAAAUGUUUGAAUAUUCUAGAGUGUCUGUCCGAAAGACAGCUGAUGUGCAGUGCUAAUCUAAGCAACCUGAGAGAUUUGAUACUUUUCAAACUUGCGACAAAUCCAAUGAUAAAUAAUAACUGGAGAUAUUGUCAGUACUUGAAAUGCCCUGAACUAAAAGUUAAUUUAAUUUUAAACAACCUUAAUAGUUGGCCAGCUACAGGGGCAAUGGAAGUAUUGGAUUAUUUAAGGUUUCUGUUAAAAGUAGACGCAUUAGAAGACGGUUUAUAUGAAAAGUGUACAGAUUGGGUGAUUAAAAUACCCCUGUACGAUCAGAUAGCAUCCAUAAUGGGUGCAAACCAUUGGUUUGAUAUCUACGAAAGGUCUAUGGAAAAUCCUGAAAAUAUCAUAGAAGUUCUUUUGGAUAGUCAACAGUAUAAACUUUGCUUAGAAUGGGCAGACGCUCAUAACGUUUCCGAUAAUAUGAAAAACCUUAUUGUAAAGAGUCUACUACAGCAACUUUUCGAAUACACGAAUCAAGCGACUCCAGAAUUAAUCCGAGAACUUCUCGGUAGGCUUCCGAUGAACCAAGCUAUGGAUCUCAUUCAGGAAGAAAUGACCAAAGUAAGAAACAUAGAAAUACUACAAGUUUGCAUUGAAUUUAUUUCGGACAACUCAUUCGAUUGGAAAUCUUUCGAAAAUAUCAAAAUAGGACUCCAAAUAAUGCUGGAAAUUGACACAAGCAUUCGCCAUUUGUUUUGGGAUUUAAUAGAGAGACCAUUACUAAUGGUCGAGCAAUUCUUAAUGAACGCAAAACUAGACGUGCUAGCUAAGAUUAUCAAUAAAAUAUGGCCAAACUUAAAGAAAGAUCCUAGUGGUGACAAUUUGUAUUAUAAUAUUAUGACCAUAGAGAGCGUGAUAAUAUCUAGAAACUCCGUGGAUGCUUUGUUGAGGUUUUACGCAGAAAAAGCUUUAGAUAUGAAGAAUCCUUUGAAUACUUGUCCUGUUCCACCGAAACCUACGGAUGACUCGUUACUCCAGUCGAUCGAUUCUAUCAAUAUAGAAGCGGCGACGAAGCCGUUUGUGAUGCCGGAGCAAGUGCCUAGUAAGGACCAAUGGGUGGAGGAUUACUCGGCUGAUCGCUGCAUGCUAUGCAACACAUCUAUAUUCUCUAUGAUUAUUCGCAGACAUCAUUGCCGCCGGUGCGGCAGGCUUGUGUGCCAUGCCUGUUCUAGGCGUCGGAUGCAGGUGCCGACAUACCCCAGCAGUGUGAAAUUCAGGGUGUGCGACGACUGUUACACUCAAACGAUGAACAAGAGAACUAGUUCUGAUAAUGAGAACCUAAUGUUGAGUAGUAACUCCGACUCUGCCGGUAGCGGCGUCACUUGCAUGGACUGGUGCCUCUCAACCAAUGCGGGGAGGAAUGAGGCAGUAAGAGCCGAGUUCAGUUACGAGUUCACGCCCAACGUUACGCUGUGUUUAACUAUUAUGAAGAUGCAUUCAAUCAAUCUGGAUUACCCAAGGUUUCUGUUAGACCGCAGCGACGAGGUGGCGCGCGAGUUGUCGAGAGGCGGCGACGCGCGUCUGUUGGUGCGCGCUCGCAGGUCUUUACUACUCGCCGCUGCCGAAUUAUAUUCAAGGACACCACACGAGAAAAACGGGUCUGGUAACAUCAGCCGCCUAGCAGAAACAGGCGCAGCGCACGCCACCCGUUGUCUCGCGCACGCUGACGCCAUGGCCACCCUAGUCAAACACCAAGCGCAUCACCUAAUACCACAACAAGGCGCUCACCCUAGUCAAAUUGUAAGAUCAUUACUGGAAGCGGAAAAAUGGGAGUUGGCACUCGAAAUCGCAACAAAAUCAGGUCUCCCCCGGAACAGCGUAUUAGCCGCUUGGGGUAAAGCAUGUUUGAAGGCCGGCUGCUUCAAGCAGGCGCGCGAAAAGUUCUCACAUUGUUUCAAGAGUACUGUUAAUGUUUGUGUUGAAGAGGACUGCGAGUACGGCAAGGAGGCUUCUGAAUCGCAUUUCAUGAGUAGAAGAGUGCAGAGUCUGAGAUAUUCGGAGAGAUCUUCUAGUUCGAUGUCCAGCGUGCAGUCGGAUGGGCGGCCGCGAACCAAUCCGCCGUUGUUGAACGAAAUCGUUAAUAUGUUGGAGAAUAUGAACUAUCCCGUCAACCAGCAGCUGUUGACCAAAGCUGAGACGAUAAAGAGUACCAACGAAAAAUUGACUUCAUUAAAUGUGGGAAAGAAGAAAAUUCAACUUACAGAACCGGCACUUAAUUUGAUGCACACACUCGCUAGCGUUAGAAAGAUUAAACAGGGCGAUUACAGCGAUUUCCAAACGGCUGUAGUUCAACCAAAGAAGAGUCUUGCCCAGGGUCUACUGCGAAGGCACACCACCCAAGCCGAACACAAACCAGACCAAAACCAUAAAAGACUUGACCCGUUCUUUUAUAAAGAAUGCGUAUAUUAUCUCAGCAAUUAUGGAUCUCAUGUAGCCAAUAUAGCAUUUUAUUUGAAGCAUAGCAAUAUGACGGAAGUUAUCACGUAUUGUUAUGAUAACAUGGUAGAGAAGGAGACGUUUACGGAUUGCGUGUAUAUGGAGUGUUUGAAGAAGGACCGGGUCAAUGAACUGUUGAAGGCUAUGAGUGAUAUGGACAGCACAUUGGAAAUGUGGUCGGAGUACAUAAUGCACAUAUGCCGCACUCUCGAGAUGACGAAGCGUCUCGAUGCCUUAUAUGCGCUACAGUGCGGGAGUGGUCAACACGCGCGAGCGUCCGCUACUUGCGCCCUACUGUACUCGCGGCCGACGCCCCGCGGGUUCGCGCCCUUCGCCGCCUUACUGAGCCGCCAGCACCACCUCAACGCCGCCCUGCACCACCUGGGGCAGUGCGUGCCCGUCGCCGCCAAGGCCAAUGAUCCCAAGUCGCUUCACUUCAAUUUGGAUAAAACUACCAUAGACAAUCUGAUGACGACCAUGACACGUCAAAUAGAGCUAACCAAGUACUUAGCGGGUUGCGAGGCCAACGGCAGACUUUCGGAAAAGGUUCUCAACGAAGUGAUACCGGUGCAAAGCAGUAAGCGUGAGGACGACUUCAGGCCGGUUACCCUGUUCGGAUCGACCACGGACAAAAUCAGACUGGUGGCCGUAGUGCUCGCGACUGGACAGUCCAUAGAGUCCGGAUUCGAGUUGGCUUUCAAAAUUAUCACGGAACAUAAGCUAGAUUCCAUGAACAUAUACACCCACGUUGCACGGUAUCUGGUGCAAUCUGAUCGUUUCAUGGAAGUCAAAACAUUAGCUAAAUGUAUUCGAUCAUCGAAAGAAAUUGCUGCAAAUCUGAUGAGUGACCAAGUGCUGCAAGCGGGCGUAGCGGCGGUAGUGACACGUUGCGAAGAGCGCGGGCAGCUGCACGACGAGCAGGCGGAGAUACUCAUCGCGGACACACACAGCGUCACCAUCAAGAUAUCUUGCUAUUUGACUUGCCGGAAUGUAAGUAGUGCGUACAUACUUGCUGCUCGGAACGACCGCACGAACGACCUUCGGCGCGUACUACAGGAAGCCGAGAGGCUCGGCAACGACCACGUAAGAAAUGCCUGCCUCAAGCGGCUCACCUCUAAAAAUGUCCUAUAGUAUUGACAAAACAACUAAGUGAAACUACAACACCGGGAAAUGAUAAAAUGUUUUAAAUGGAACUGAUUGUAAGGAGCAUUUUACAUCAUUGCAACAUUUAUUCAUAAAGAUUGUUACUAAUUGAUAAGAACUAAUUGUAUAGUAGUGGUGAAAAAAUUUUUUUUCUAUGAGGUUAAUCAGUUCUAAAACAUAACUGUUGGAAAAAUAGUGUUAGCAAACGACGAACGAAAACAAAAAUUGGUUACUUUAUUUGAACUUCUGUCUUAGUUUUAUAAAACUUUGUUUUUAUUUUGACAGCUUAAAAUUUUAUAAUUUUGAUAAGAAGUAAUAGAAAUGGUGAGUAAUAGAAUGCAUUGCAAGAUGAUGAUGUUAUAUAAUUAAAAAAUUAAUGAAUGUACCUAUUCAAAAAUUUGCUGUUGAUAUUAUCAGUUUUGAUACAAACUAAAGGUAUGUGGUAAGACUUAUUUUUUAUUUGACUUCAACAUAUUGGAUUCUUAAGUACUUGUUUGUUGUACCUUAAAUUAUAGGUGCAGGACAGUUAAACUCCUAACACAUUAAAUAUUUAGAACUGAAUCUGAAAUAUCUCUAAAUUUCAUUUAAUUCAAGUUAAAAUGUUAAUAACUGCAUUUAAUUAAUAUUUGUCUAAAAUAAAUUGUUUAACUGGUGAUUGUAUUUUUAGAACAAUCAUGGAUUUAUUUAUUUCAUAUAAUGAAUGCUGAUUUGUUAAUCUGGUGCUUUAUAAUGUAUUUAAUAAUGUGAUAUGAAUGUAAACCCUUAUAUUAAUUUAUCGUUUUUGUUAAGCUAUAUUUUGCAUUUGUUAAUAUCACCAGUGAGUCUAUAUUCUUAGGUAAGUAAAAAGAAUAUAAAGAAUAAUAAGUGAUACAAUUUAUAGUCAGAUUAUCAUCAUUUGUUGUAAUUCAUAUUAUUUGUAUAAAAGCUAUACUGUCAUGACCCAAUUAUUUAGUCAUUAGCAUUUUUAUUAAAAUGAAAAUCAAGUAUAGCAGUAUUAAUUUUAAGGAUAUAUAAUGUAAAGAUAUUUCAUAUAAAUCUUCAAAUGUUUUUUUUAGUAAUUAAGUUUUCAUACUAGACACAAGUCUCUAUAGAGUUUUUCACUAAUGUUCUCAAACACUGUGAUAAUGUUAAAAUCAUCCUUUUGGUAACAUGUUAAAAAUUUUAUGGUAUUUGUAUAAAAUUAUCUAAUUAGAUGUACGUUACCUAUUACUUCUGUUUGCACUGGUCUCAUGAUGUGAUAUUGACGGACUGUUUUAUUACAAUUGAAACUAUAAUUUUAUACGUAAAAUAAAGUAUGGCUUUAAAUACUCAUUUGUCUUUUCAUGUACACUAUUUUAAAAUCUAGAUGUUUAUUUCUGGUCCUGCUAAUUUAUACAUUACACUUUUAUCAAAGAUUAAUACAUUCAUUACAAUUUUUUUUUUCAGGAAGAGUACAUGAUUAGAAAUGUGAAGAUAAAAUAAAUGAUAAUGAAAUAUUUUAUUUGUGAAACUUAACUUAAAGUACAUACAUGUAUACAAAUUUGCUUGCACUUGACAGAUGGUCAAUGACUAAGUCAUGUCUGCAUAUCUAGCAGGUGUAGACAUAACUUCCAACUCUUCACAUCUCACUCAUGAGAGAAGAGCACAGUUCAAUGGAGCUUGUCACAUGCUAGGACACCAUAGUAGUGUAUUUUGCACAUACACUAUUUAGGUCACAUUUAUUCAGUCUUGACACAUUGCCUUUUUAAUAAAUAGUUACUGAGCAGCCAUGGCUUUCUUUUUGGGCUUUUUUAGACGUUUUAAUCCGUUGACACUUGUUUUGAGCAGAUUUGAAUAAGCAGUGCUGAAUUUCUCCACAUCUCUUUGCUCCACAACGCUAGAAAUUUUUUUGCUUCUAAAUUGUGCUCUAAUAAGACAUUUGUAACUUGGAUUUUUCACAACAGGGGUACCAUCUCUGGGUUCUGGUUUAGUGCGACCAUCAUACCUCUUCAUUGUCAUUGUCACUGAACCCUCACCACGAGCCUUUUGGAAUAAUUUUGCGAGUUCUGCAAGGAACUCGUCAUUUCUGAGUAACACCAUAAUUUAUAGU